UGAAAGGAGGAACAUGGCAUGGUUUCACUUCUGCUGCAGAGGCGUGUUUCCGUCACAGAACGAGCAGACGGGUCAUUUCAGCUCGAGCCUUCCACACACUGCCCGAACGAUGAGCAGGUUCCACUGGUGAACCAUGGCACUGAAAAUCUCUGAAGCUUCACAGCUGGUGGAGGAAUCUGCUCUACACAACUGGACAGUGGUUGGUGGUGGCGGAUUUGGGCAGAUCUUUAGAGCCAGGCAUCAUCAGUGGUGUUGUGACGUGGCCAUCAAGCUCCUUCACCACGAUGACGGGAGCAGCUCGGCUCUGCUGCGGGAGGUCAGCAUAAUGCGUCAGGGCAGCAGCCCCUACGUCAUCCACGUCCACGGUCUGUUCAGAGGACGACCCCCCCUGUCCGGGGCUUUGCUGCAGCUCGGGCUGGUCAUGGAAUUCAUGGAGAGGGGAUCUCUGGCUGACCUGCAGGGCAUUUUAAAAGGACCCCCCCCUUGGGCGCUGGCCUUCAGACUGAUUCACCACAUAACCUUGGGCAUAAACUUCCUGCACAGCCUCUCUCCCCCCAUACUGCAUCUGGACCUGAAGCCCAACAACGUGCUGCUGGACUCCUCCCUGAACGCCAAGCUCACAGAUUUUGGCUUGGCCAGGUUUUACCACACCAUCACACACUCCUCCAAGAAGGUGGAGGAGGGCACCAUCAGCUACAUGCCCCCCGAGGCAUUCAGCCUGUCCUACCAUCCAUCCAAAGCAUCCGACAUCUACAGCUAUGGCAUUCUGCUGUGGUCCAUCGUCACAGGGCAGCAUCCGUAUCCAAAUCCCAUGCCCAGCCUCAUUCGAAUUCAUGUCCCAAAGGGUCAGCGUCCAUCUCUGGAAGAAAUCAGGGAACAGGCAUCAGGCCGCACUGGGCUGGUCACUCUGAUGGAGCUCAUGACCAGGUGUUGGGCGGGGGACGCCAGCCGAAGGCCCUCCUCUUUACAAUGCACUUAUGUGAGCGAGGAACUGUACAAGAUGCACAAGCACGCCGUUCCUGACGCCGUCCAUCAGGUGUUGAAGACGCUGGAUCAAGAAGCAGAAGAAGAAAUAACAAAGACUGUUCAGGCACUUUCUGUUACUCAGGUCACAGCAGCCCCCACACCUGAACUCCAGAACAUGGAAGAUCACAUGAGAACAGGCCCCCCACCUAUUCAGGAAGUGAAUCGGACCUCGGCUUGGACUGGGCAAGACAACAUGAUAGACUCACCUUUCGUCCACCCUCUAAACAUGUCUUCAGUUGAUCAGGCCGGUCACCUCGGAAUGAAAACGUCCUCAGUGUGUCCCAUCAGGUCCACGUCCUCGCAGAGGCAGUCUGAAGGACCGGCAGCAACGACGUCCCAGUUCCCUUUCAAACCGCGGCCUUCUACCCAGCGGCAGUUCUCCAACCCUGAUUCGUUUCCAUGCCAAUCUGCUCAUCCUGCACAGGGGGUCAAAAUGCAUUUCUCCCACGUUGUGGGAGUUCAGAUCGGCAACAACAACAGCAUGACUAUAAAAUCACCCGACCAUCUGGAGAGGAGGAGGCAUCCAACAGCGCCAUCUAGUGUUGAUCUGUAGCUGGACAAGCUGUGAGGAAGAGUUUAGUCUACAGACAUUUUCAUCUCACUGGAACAUUUUUAUGGAUUUACAUUUUUGCAUUUCAGAUUAUGUGAAAUAAUGAUUUCAAUUUUGUAUUUAUUUAUUCUCUUUUAAGGUCUCUCACCAGUUUACAGUGUUUUCCUUGUUUUGAACAAAGACUUUCUGCUACUCAGUUCUUUCAUGUUUCUUUGUCAUUUUUUAUGUUUCCAUGAUUUGAUAACAAAACAUUCCAAAGAGACACGAGCAUUGUUGUUUGUAAAAGGUGAAGCAUUAUUUCGUUCAUCUUCUUCCGUUUGUCCCUUUUGGGGUCAUGGGGCUGCUGGAGCCUAUCCUGGCCACUUAUGGGCAAAGGCAGGCAGACACCCUGGACAGGUUGCCAUUCCAUCACAGGGUUACAAUCACACACCCAUGCAUACUCACAUUCACACCUAGGGACAAUUUAGAGUUGCCAAUUAAUUAACCUUUGAAGCUUGUUUUUGGAUGGUGGGAGGAAACCAGAGUCCCUGGAGAAAACCCACGCAUACACGGAGAGAACAUGCAAACUCCACACAGAAAGGUCCCCCAUUGGUGAUCUGUUUUCAGGUCCCCCAGCUGGGACUUGAACCGGUGGCCUUCUUGCUGUGAGGCAAGAGCGCUAACCACUGCGCCACUGGGCAGCCCAAAAAGUUGAAGCAGUUUUAGAAAAUGAAGGAAAAAAGCUGUGAAAUAUUCCUGUGUUAUUGCAUAAACGAUGUAUGGAAAUGAUACGUUCAAGGAUCACAAACUUAUGCGGGAAAUGAAGUAACCUGCCAAUGAAUGUGAAGGUGCUGUAAGAUGAAACAUGGAAGGAAGUCAGGAUUUUUUCUCCUGCCUGACAUUCUGUCGAUGCAAUAAAGAUCAUGACUCGGCA